UUUGAUAUUUUUCAGGAAGCCCAUGAAACACUUGCACGUGGAGUUGACCAACACUUGUCUUAACCGCGAACAGCUGAUUUAGACUACGACAACAAUUCUUAAAAUUAAAUGAAAUCUUUCGUAUCCGCUUGAAAAUGACUAAAAUAAAGAAAAAAGAGGCUCAUAAAAAGCCUUUAACACGCAAGGAACAAAGGAAACUGAAAACCGAAGCGAAAAAGGAAAAUAAACGUCUUUACCACGCCGGCAAAAGUAAUGGAACACAGCGCGUGGUAGCGGCGGCCGAGGCGCUGGCAGCACAGUCCCUACAAGGCAAAAACAAGAAGAAGAAAAAGACGAAAAAACCAAAAAUAAAUCCCGAGGAUAUACCCAAGGAGCAGCUUUUAUCCGGGGAAAUAGGAUCCGAUGAUGACGAAUCCAUAGCCUCGGACUUCAGCGAUGAAGAGGUGGACGCACUGAUGCCCAAAACCAAGGUUGAGAUCUAUGAACCGCUGGGAAAGAAGGUAAAGAUCAAGGGUGGCGCCAUACCCAGACAGGAUGAAGCGGAGGUCAGGAAGAAGGAGCUACGCCAGCAGAAGGAGCUGGAGGGCAAAUCCAAGAAGCAACGAAUAAAGCAACUGCGCCUGGAGAACGAGGAGGAGGAGCGGGAGAUUUCCAAGCUGGAGAAGAAGCUGAAGCUCAACAAAAGCAAGGACAAGAAUCGUUUGGUGAGGAAAAUGUUCAAUGACGGGCUGGAUUACCUCUUGGACUUUGUCCUGGACGAUGAGGAGGAGAAGCAAAAGUGGGAGGAGAAACAGGAGCGGAAGCGGCGGCUGAAGGAGGAUCAGGAAAAGGAGGAGGCGGGCAUGUGGAGCGAAGAUGAUGAGGAGCAGGAUGGUGACUUAGCAGGUGAUCUACCCGACGAUGAUAGCGAGGCUUCCCAAGACGAUGAUGAGGAGGAUGAGGACCUAAGCGGCGUUGAAGAACAAAGCGAAGAGGAAUCCGAACAGGAGGAAGAUCAACCCAAAGUCAAAGAGGACAUCUACGGUCGCAAACGUGAUGCUGAGGGCAACAUCCUGCCCGAUCCUGUUGAGCAGGAGGCCUCUGCCACGGGCCAAAAGUAUAUACCACCUCAUCAGCGAGCUCUGUUAGCUGCCAGCGCGGGAUCAAGUGAAAAGCAAGCCGAGAUUCUGGCCCGCCUCCAGAAACAGUGCAAGGGUCUGCUCAAUCGUCUGUCCGAGGCGAAUCUCCAUAAGAUUGCAGCUGGCAUAGAGGCUCUAUAUAUGAAGAAUUCGCGGUACAACAUGAAUGACACACUGACAAAGCUGCUUCAAGAGGCUCUGCUGGGCUCCACGCGAUCCAACGAGCGUAUGGUACAAGAACAUAUGGUUCUAUUGGCCUAUCUUCAUGCCCAAAUAGGAAGCGAAAUUGGUGCACACUUCUUGCAGACUUUUGUGGAGCUCUUUGAUGGUCAUGUGAAGAAUAUUGCCAAUUUGGAAGUGGAGGACAAGCAGCUGAAUAACCUUAUAUUAAUCCUGUGUUACAUGUACAUGUUCAAGAUCUUUGAACUGAGUUUGCUGAUGGAACUAAUUGGCAGAUUAUCCGAUGAGCUUUGCGAAAAGAGUGUGGAGUGCCUGCUAUUGAUAUUGCAAACCAUUGGUUUCCGCUUGCGUAAGGACGAUCCAUUGGCCUUCAAGACCAUGAUGCAGCGAGUUCAAGCUCAAAUUGCUUCCGCUCCCUUGGAACUCAAGGAGAAUCCCCGCCUGCGUUUCAUGGUUGAUAUCCUAAAUGCUGUUAAGAACAACAAUAUGCAAAAGUUACCCCAAUAUGAUCCAGAGCUGGCGGAGAAUCUGCGCAAACGCUUGAAAGCCAUGUUGAAGAACGAUCGGUAUGUAGUUACCUUGAAUAUAACCCUGGAGGAUCUCCUGCGUGCCGAUAAGGUCGGCAAGUGGUGGAUUGUUGGCUCCGCUUGGACGGGAAACCUCAACGAAAUGGGUUCUGCCAAACAAAAGCAAGAUACAAACUCCUCCAAGACUUCGAACGCAGGCUUUGCGGACAAACUAUUGGAAUUGGCCAAAAAGCAACAGAUGAAUACUGCUGAGCGAAAGAAUAUCUUUUGCAUCAUAAUGAGUGCCGCGGAUUAUGUUGAUGCCUUUGAGAAGAUACUGCAUUUGGCACUGAAGGAUCAGCGAGCGGUGGCCUAUGUCAUCAUCCAUUGUGCCCUGAACGAGAAACGUGCCAAUCCUUAUUACGCCCAUCUGGCUCUAAAGUUCUGCCAGUUUAAUCGAAAAUAUCAGCUAGCCUUUCAGUUUGCCAGUUGGGAUCGCAUCAAUGAUAUCGAAUCGCUAUCGAAGCCACAAAUUCGCAAUCUGGCCAGCUUUCUUCAGCAAUUAAUCCUAUCCGCAGGAUUGCAGCUCUCCGUACUGAAAGUGGUGGACUUUAUGCAGCUGGACAAAAUGAGUUUCUUCUUCAUGAAGGAGGUAAUGGUGCGACUGCUUUUGGCACCGGAUGAACGAGAAAUUUAUCAGACAUUCGAACGCGUGGCCAAGAAUACGAAGCUGCAGCAGUUUAAACAGAGUGUUCGCCUUUUCCUGCAGCAUUUCCUUCUUAAAGCAGAGCAACUGGACAAGUUAAAGCUCAAGGAGGAGGAGCAGCAGCUGCUCCAACAGCGAGUGGAUCACCUGGACAAGCUUCUGGCCUAUGUGGACCUUUAAAUAUUUAUAAGUAUAAUUAAUAGGUGACCUUUAAAAGAAGAACAGGCAUUAUGUGCGAUGACGUUACUACCGUUUUAAACAAUAGACUAAUAGAGUAAUCUUACGACCCAACAAGAUUAUAGUUUUAUUUUACAAUAUUAUUUUCUCUAACUUUUGAAGAGGUAAUACAUUAGUCUAAGAUUAUAUUCUGGACCUCAGGGAACGACUUAAUGAAACUGGGGAAACAUGUUUGGCUUCCAAGUCAGAAGUCAGUGGCAACUAAGUUGUGGGCAUCCGGAGAACCCAGCAAUAGUGAACGAGCUGAACACUGCGAUGAUUUCAGGAAUCCUAAAUGGAUAAAGUUGAAUGAUAGUAACUGUUUAAAAAAGCAGUAUUUCAUUUGUGAAUAUCUAUAACUGCAAACUUUAUAUUAUAUAUUUUUUACAGAUCAAAAGGAUAAUAAAAAUUAAAACAAUUAUACAUAAUUCUUUUGUAAAGACCGUCAAGGGUAAUAAGUCUGUGAAACAUGGUAAAAAUUAAAUUGAACUAUUGAACUUUGCUCUUAAUAUACAAAAACUUU